AUGACUGUGUGGAAAAAACUUGAAAAUGAGGAAUGCUACGCCGUUGCUGUAUACAACUACACAAGCAGUACACCGGCCCACUUGCAGCUGGAAGUGGGCGAACUGGUGCACCUGCGAAGGGAGACGCGCGAUUGGUACUGGGGAACCAGCCUCCGUAGGGAUAAUAGUGGCGCCUUCCCGAAAAGUUACGUCGUUAUCCGCGACUGCACCGUUGACAGAUGCGGAGACACAGUGGUCGCAUCUGCCGGGGGAGGCGGCGUGGUCCACGACAUUGCGGUCACAUUGCGCGAGUGGCUCAAAGACUGGAAGAAAUUGUACAUUACAAAUGACGAGCGUUUCAAGUUCAUGGAGGUGAGCAUGCGCGCUCUGUUGGAGCUGAGGGCGCAGGCUGCCUCCAGCGCACUGCCGCAGGACCAGCUUAGAAAGGUCUCCAGGACAGCGAUAUUCACAAUCGACAAAGGAAACAGGACUUUAGGCAUGGAACUAGCAGUGAGGACGCCUAGCGGUCAACUCGUGGACCCGCUUGGCAUUUCCACAUAUAAACUGAAUGCACUUCAUGACGAGGCGAAUGCAAGACUCGAUAAAAAUAUGGAGAACGCGUCGGGGGGCGGUGGUGUAGGGAGUGGGAGUGGGAGUGGAGCGGUGGGCGGUGCGCGCACGCACUCGCUGGCGGUGCGCGUGCACAACUUCGUGUGCCGCGUGGGCGGCGGCGCCGAGCUGCUGCUGGCGCUGCACGACGCGGCCGGCGCGCAGCUCACCGAGCCGCUGCUGCUGCGCUGCCCCGCGCACCACCUGGCGCCCGCGCACCUGCUCUUCACGGAUUUGGGCAGCGAUAUAAAGAAGGAAAAGGUGUUCCUCGUAUGUAAUGUCGUCCGGAUAGGUACCAUGGAGCCACAGAAUGUCGACCACAGACGCAGUUCUGUGGCGGCGCAGAUGCCGGUGGGUGGUGGUAAUGGCGGUGGUAGUGGUGGUGGUGGUGGUGCGGGGCGCAUGCGGCGGCCGUUCGGCGUGGCGGCGGCUGAAAUCACGCGCUGGCUGGCCGCCGACUGUCCUGACAAAGAGCUGCAGGUGCCUUUCUACCCUUGCGAGAAAGAAAAUAUGGAGACAUUACUGAAAAAAAUAAUAUCGAAUCGCGAAUUAAAGGAUACGAAAAAUCCAUUGGGAUUAUGGGUCUCGUUACAACUUCUCGAAGGCGAUAUAAAACAGGUGAGUGCCAUGCUGGAGCACAUGGCGGGUGGCGGUGCGGCGCGCAAGCUGGGUCUGCCCGAAGUGGUGCUGCCGGGCGACGCGCGCAACGAGCUGUACGUGACGCUGUGCGCCGGCGCCUACUCGCGCGGCGGCGGCAAGUCCUCCGAGCGCAACAUCGAGCUCACCGCGCGCCUCGUCGACCGCCGCGGCCGCCUCUUGCCAGGAGUUAUUUCAAUAAGCGCCAAUACGCCUCUAGUGGAUGAAUACACCUCGCUUGUUUACUAUCACGAAGAUAGGCCGAGAUGGCAAGAGAUUUUCAAGGUGUGUCUUGAUAUCGAGACCUUCAAGGAGGCACACAUAGUGUUUUUGUGCCGGCAUCGAAGCUCUAACGAAGCAAAGGACCGAGCGGAGAAAUAUUUCGCGCUCUCCUAUUUGCGUCUUAUGCAGAGGGAGGGGACCACCACGCCCGACAUGCAACACAAUCUUUGUGUAUACAAGAUCGACAACAAACGGUCGGGCAGCGAUGUAGAAACUGAGGCUGCUGCAGUUUGUCUCGGGUUGCCCUCUAGGAGGGACGAACUCCCAGCAGGCGCAGAGAAAGGUCUCACUAGAGGUCCCUUGUCGCUGGUUUACCGCGACUCACUCACAGUCGCCACAAAGCUAUGUUCCACUAAACUCACGCAACGAGAGGAAAUCCUUGGCGUGCUAAAAUGGAACACGCACUAUGCAGCGGGCACAUUACGCACAGCAUUGGAGCGGCUGCUGCUCGUGCCGAACGAGGAACUGGUGAAGUUCCUGCAGGAUAUACUGGACGCACUCUUUAAUAUACUGACACAGGUGGAGGAAGAUCAGGAAGGCUACACGGAACAGAGCUACGGGGUACUUGUCUUCGAGUGUCUCUUGAGGGUGAUAUCGCUGGUCGCCGACCACAAGUUCCAGCACUUCCAGCCCGUGCUGCAUGUCUACAUAGACGAGAGCUUCUGCGACGCGUUGGCUUAUGAGAAGCUGAUCUCGGUGAUGUCGUGGGUGGUGCGCGCGGCGGACUGCGGCGAGGCGGCGCUGAAGCGGCUGCUGCUGUGCAUGAAGUGCCUGGAGAACCUGAUGCGCCUCGUCGUGCGCAGCACGCAGCUGCGCGCCGCGCUCGCGCACCCGCCGCACACGCCCCGCGCCCCGCACGCCACCUGCCCGCAGCUGGAGGAAUUUCUGGAGGCGUUGGUUUGGCUUAUGCGUUGCGGCGACCACGCCCUCACCUGUCAGGGCUCCGCGUUGAAGUAUCUCCCACAUGCGAUACCGCACGCCAUCAAAAUUUUUCCCGAAGUUGAACUCAGCGCGUACUGCGUGCUGGCGCUGGACGCGCUGCCGCUGGGGCGGCUGAGCAAGCAGCGGCUGCUGGCGCUGCUGGAGCUGGCGCGCGGGCCGCUGGCGCGCGAGCCGGCCGCGCGCGCGCGCCUGCUGCCGCACCUCGCCGCCACGCUGCGCGCGCUGCUGCGCGCCUCCGCGGAGUGCGAGCGCGAGGCGGCGCUGCGGUCGCGCUCGGCGGGCAAGGCGGCGCGCCUGCUCGGCGCCGACGCGGCGCGCCUGCGCGACCACUCGCGCCACGCGCACCUCGUGGAGCUAUGUGUGGAAACAAUGGGAGAGGUGGUUUCACUUCUCGCUCGUGACGAUGUCGGUCCUGUGGAGGCCGAUAGAGGAGACUUCGCAAGGCGGUUACUUCCAACUGUAUUGAAGACUACCACAACUAUGUUAAGGGAUAGAGCAAAGGCGAAGGAUGGAUCUGGUGUUGUCGAUGAUCCUUUGGUGAGAAGAAUAGUGUGCGUGCUUUUAGACAUGGUCCGCCAAAUGUCAGAGGAGCAGUACUCGUUGCUCGUGAAGGCACUAGAGCACGAAAAUGCGGGUGGGUCCGGGUCCCUAAUAUCGGAUGCGUUGGCGCUAAUUUUAGAACUUCUGCAGCGGCCUGUGUUCAGACCUCACUGGGCUGAUAUGUUACAUUUGCAGCAUUACGUUAUGUUACAUGCAUUAAGGCUGGUGUCGAGCACGCUGUGCGAGCGCGCGCAGGCGUGCUCGAGGUCGGGGCUGCAGGCGUGGGCGCGCGAGUGGUUCGCGGCGAGCGCGGCGCUGUGCAUGGCGCCGGCGCUGCAGCUGCAGGCGCUGCCGCCGGCGCGCCGCCGCCGCCUCGCCGCCAGCUACGGCGACCUGCGCCGCGCCGCCGCCGCCGCCAUGGCGCGCCUCUGGUACGCGCUCGGCGAGCAUAAGUAUCCGAUGAUCCCGUUUGUGGUGGGCGAGUUUCUGGAGGUUAGCUUCCUACCCGACGACGAAGUACGUGACAUUACCAUACCGCUCUUCUAUGACAUGAUGGUGGUCGAAUAUCAGCACAACGUUGCCAACGGGGAGAGCAGCGAUGCGCCGCUGCGCGUGCUGGAGAACGAGCUGAUCGACAAGCUGGACGUGCUGGCGGCGCGCGGGCUGGGCGACGGCGGCUGGCGUGCGCGCUUCGUGUCGGCGUGCGGACGCCUGCUGGGCGCGGGCGGUGCGGGGGGCGCGGGGGACGCCGGGCCCGCGCUGGUCGCGGCGGCCGCGCGUCAGCUGGACGCGCUGCUGCAGUACCGCGCCGCCGCGCAGCGCGUGCACCUCGCCGUGCGCGUGCUGCGCUUCUACGAGCACAUCGAGCGCCCGCACAUGUACAUACGAUACGUUCACAAACUAGCUCAAAUGCACCGUGACGCCCAACAUUGGACAGAAGCAGGUCUAGCUCUACGGUUACAUGCAAAACUGCUGGAAUGGAGUGAUUGUCCGCUCCCACCUAGAUUACGUCAUCCCACGGAGGACUGCGCUGAACACGUAACACAUAGGGAUUUGAAGGAGGCGCUGUACCUGGAGAUCGCGCGGCUGCUGAACCGCGGGCGGCAGUGGGAGCUGGCGGUGGAGGUGGUGAAGGAGCUGGUGUGCGUGUACGAGCAGGAGGCGCUGGGCUACGCGGCGCUGCGCGAGCUGCACGCGCAGCUGGCGGCGCUGUACGAGGCCAUGCUGCGCACCGCGCGCUCGCACCCCGCGCACUUCCGCGUGCUGUACCACGGCACCGGCUUCCCGGACCACCUGCGGGUGCCGCACGGUUUCGUGUACCGCGGCAACGAGUACGAACAGCUCCAGGAGUUCAAGGAGCGGCUGCUGGACGAAUGGCCUGACGCUGAGGUGCUGCCGCGACUCGAUCCGCCUGGAGAAGACAUCACGCUCUCGGACGGACAGUAUCUCCAAAUCAACGCCGUGGAGCCGGUGAUGGACGACAAGUUGAAGCGGCUGUCGGGCAAGCCCGUGGCUGAUCAAAUACUGCAGUAUCACAAGCACAACAACGUCGACAAAUUUGUAUUCUCCAGGCCGUUUCACAAGCCGGAUGAGUCACUAGCGGGAUCCAACGAUGACGUAUCAAGUCAGAACGAAUUUGCUACAAGAUGGUUGGAGCGCACUGAACUUGAAAUUAGUGAAAAGUUACCUGGCAUCCUGCGCUGGUUCCCGGUGGUGAGCGCGCGCACGUACUGGGUGUCGCCGCUGCAGGCGGCCGUGGAGGCGCUGCGCGAGGCCAACCGCGCGCUCAAGGCGCUCGUGCUGCAGGCGCGCGCCGCCGACGCGCCGCUACACCAGCUCACCAUGCGCCUGAGCGGUAUCCUGGACCCAGCAGUGCAGGGCGGUAUAGUGAACUACGAGCGCGCGUUCCUGACAGCAGCGUACGAGUCGCGACACCCAGAACACGCUGAACUACUGGCGCAGCUGCGAGAUCUCAUAGCGGACCAAGUGCCGCUGCUUAAGCUAGGUUUGGAAGUCCACAAGUCACGGAUCUCGCCAGAACUGCAAGCGCUACACGAUCACAUGGAGUCGUGCUUCCACCGCGUGCAGAACCACGUGCACCAGCGAUACGGACGAAAGAACUGCGACUUUGAUACGGAGCUUGUUGAGAGGCGGAGGACUCUUAGGGACAGCAUACAAACGGAGCCGGGUAACCUGAGCAGCAACCGGAUAUCUGACAUUUCCACCGGGAACGAUACUGCGUCGAAGUCCAAAUUCUUCAGCUUCAACAGUGCCAUCAAUCCUUUAACCAGGAAUAGCAGUGGUGGCGUAGUCAGUUACUUCGGCACUUUGCAGAACUCGCCGAGAAGACGCGAUAAGAGACGAGCGAAGAAGGAGGCCGCAAGCGAAGCAACAACACAGGAGCGGAGCGGGAGCCAGUGGUACGCGCCCAGCUCGGCGGUCAACGGGUCGGCCGCGCUCCCCGCCUCCCCCUCCAGCGCCAGCCUGCCCCCCGCCCUGCCCGCCGCCCCGCCCGCCGGCCCGCCGCCGGACACCGCAGCCUCGCCGCUUCGCGAGCUCAGACAGGAGCUGGUGACGGAGCGACCUCUCCGUGCGGAAGCGGAACGAGAACGUCGCCUGUCACAGCGCGCCAGCUUGCUUAACUCUUCAGCACCACCUUCCAACAGGGACUCGCUUGGCACCACCGACUCCAACCAAGACGACGAGGAGCCGCCACCGCUGCCGCAGAAACAGUCGCAGCGAUACUCCGAAGUAGAUAGCGAUAACAACAACAACCCGGACUUGAACUCGAACACCACACCAGCGCGGAACAACUACGACACCGUGUGGUCACCACGGGGCUCGUUCCUGUACAACUCCAUCGCGAACAGGAGAAACACCUGCGGGGAGAAACCCCCCACGCCACCGCCCAAGAAGAAAAACGCGCAAAGUAACUCUUGA